GAGAGAGGGGUGAGGGAAGGGACUCGAGGCGAGGAAAAGAGGCACUCAUUUGACUAAGAGCAAGAGUGACAGCCUGUGGAGGAUUUGAAAACAAGGCGAGGUGUGCUGCCGCUUUUCUGCUGUUGUGGUGUUAAUGAGUUGGUUUGUGUACCAGUGAACUGUGUGGAGAGCAGUGAAGAUGGCAGAAGCUUCAGCCAUCCCUGGGCCGUCCCAAGGCAGUGGCGCCAUGCAGGGCUACACUGACAGCCAGAUCAUUACCAUCAUGGCUGAAAUGUGGGACCUCAAGCUAAACCCUCAUGAGUUCCAACAAAUGAAGCCAGAGUUUGUGCAGAAAGUCUACUAUGCAUUUCUGAAGGAUAUAGGAGUCAACUUGGAGAGGCUUAAUCAGAUUCCACCCCAGUUGCUUGACUCCAUCCAGUCCACAGAGGAUUACAUUGGGGCUGUUAGACGCUCAGUGUUGGUGUCACACAUGAGGAAUUACUUCAUAUUAAUCUACAAUGAUGACUCCUUCAGGCUGGCAGACAUCAUCAACCCAAAGCCCAAGCGGACCAGGAGAUUCUUUGCAAUGAUCUGCAACUUCAUGUUAUUCACAGAGAGAUUCUGUAAAAUGGCGGAAGAGAAAGAAGAAGAGGUGAAUGUACUCAUAGAACGGAGAGAGAAGAUGAAUGCCAAAUUACAGAAGCUUCAACAGCUCAUCAGUGAUAGGAAGGUGGAAAAUACAAGGAGUGAAGUGGCAAAGGAAGAGGAAAUAAGAAGAUUAGAUGAAAAAACCAGGGAAAUAGAGAAGUGCCAAGAAGAGAAGUCUGCUCUCAAGGGUCAGCUAGAAGAACUCAAGCUGUCGUUGGCCAGCUUGAAGACAACGAAGAAGGCUGCAGAGCUGAAGGUUGAGGAGGUGAAGGAUGAGGUGCAAAAAUUGGAGGGCCUUGUGAUUCAAGCCGGUGAGCAAGAGGAGAUCAACAGGAGGAAGAUGAAGAUUGCAUUACUGAAGGAGGAUAACCAAGACUGGAAACACCAUCUGAACCUACUGCAGCAGAGGAUUAAGAUAAAAACUUCAAUGAAGGAGAAAAUUGAUAAAAUCAUACUUGUGGUGCAAGAGAUUGAGCUUGAAAGAUCUAAGACAGAAGAAUUGAAGACCAGCCUUGAACAAAAGGUCUUGGAAAUCUCUCAGCUUCAAGAGGAAAUAAAAAACCAAGACACCCAAAAUAUGCAGUUGACAGAGAAUCUGAAAUUGGUAAAAACCAACAGUCAGUCUAUGCUGGAGACCUGGGACUGUAAGAAAGAAAGCCUGGAGAUGGAGAUCAAAGAACAGAAAGGGGUGCUGGAAGAUUUGCACCGGAAACUUACUGAAGAUGACAUUGCAUACAGUGACGGGAUAGACACUAUUGCUGAACUGGAAAUGCAAAUAAAACACUCCAAGGAAAAAAUCAGCAACAUAAAUGCCAUGGUGAAAGAAAACUACAAGAUAAUGCUGAAUGCAGUGGAGGAGAAGAAUAUGGACAUGAACAACACCCUCUCAGAGGUUGCCGAGUGUGUAGAAGAAUUCAAGAAGUUGGUAGGGUAAUCCAGGUUGAAUAAAACUGGUUGGAAGUAGAAAGUAGAAACUAAUCAUCCAUUUCUCCUUAGUCAUGUAAUCUAUUCCUUUUUAUCAAUUUUUCCUAAAAUGCAUCUAAUCUUAGUCAUUUCAUCUGCUCCAUUUUAUCGAUUUACCCUCAAAUUCAUCUAAUCGCCAAAAAUAACUGCUGCAAGUUUUUCUUAAGCUAAUCUUAGACAUUUCAUCUGCUCCAUUUUAUCGAUUUCCCCUCAAAUUCAUCUUAUCUCCAGAGGUAACUGCAGCUUUCAAGUUUUUCUCAAGAUAUCUUAAUUGAAAAAAACCUGCAUUUAUACAAGUCACCUUCCAAAUCUGUCAGUUGAAAAACCUGCAUUUAUAUAAUCUAUAGGAAAUAGGAUUAGGAGUCGCCUUCCAAAUCUGUCACUUCCACAUUGUGGUUAUGUUCGUCACAUUCAAUAAAAAUAUACUCAAAA